AUGAAGUACUCGUUCGUCGCCGCCACCCUCAUCGCCAGCGCGCUGGCGGUCCCAGCGUACGCCCCAUCCGGCUACGGUGAGGAGUCUGCUGCCCCAGCUCCUGAGGGCUACGGCUACAGCGCCUCUACCAGCUGCACCGAGGAGGCUCAGCCAUGGACCUCCGCCCCGGCCUACCCAGAGACCACCGCUCCAUCUGCCCCAGCUACCUACCCAGUUGAGAGCAAGUCCACUCCACCAGCGGCUCCAGAGUCCUACCCACCAAAGGCCCCCGAGUCCUCCCCACCAGCUGCCCCAACCUACCCAGCUCAGCCACCAAAGAGCCCAGAGCAACCCCCGGCUGCUCCAUCUUACCCAGCUCAACCACCAAAGAGCCCAGCGCAGCCACCAGCGGCCCCAUCGUACCCAGCUCAGCCACCAGCCAGCCCACAGCAACCCCAGCAGCCUCAGGCACCUGAGCAGCCAGCUGGUCCCCAGAAGCCAGCCCCACCGGCCGCUAUCCCAUACCCACCAUCUGCGUCAAGCCCGGCCAGCCCAGUCCAGCCAUCUGUUGCCCCAUCGGUUGCCCCAAGCGUUGCCCCAUACCCAUCCAACCCAUCUGCUCCUCAAGGCCCAGCCGCCCCAACUGGCACUGGUGCCGCCAGCCCAACCGGUGGUGCUGCCUACCCCAGCAGCUCGCCAAUCACCCCAUACAAGGGUGCUGGCAACGCUCUCAACGCCGCCGGUCUCCUCGCAGGUCUCGGUGCCGUCGUCGCUCUCUUCCUCUAA